GAAGAAGAGAAAAGAAAGCGUGAAUCAAACACGGUCACAAGCAUAAAUAAACAAGUGAGCGGAAGUAAGUUUCAAACGCGUUUACUAUGCGAUCAUUAUUAGGGAUUGGCUUGUGUCUGAUGGGCAUUGCUCACGCACAACUGUCUGACCGUAUUUCUGAGGAAUACAAUGAAGAUUUGACACUGCGUAACUUGCCUGAUGGCAAAUUACUUGCUCAUUUUGAAUUCAACACAAGAGUCAAUGCGCAUACGCAAUCAAACGCACCAUUGUUAGAUUAUGGUCUUUACCCAAAAGCCAUUGGUGAAGUACUUCAGUCUUUUAAUGUACGCGAAAUGCAUCUUUCAUUUACUCAGGGCAGAUGGAACUAUGAAGAAUGGGAGUAUCCACCUACAUUAUCAGCAGGCACAGGUGUUGAAUUAUGGGCAUGGCUUAAAGAUACUCAAGACAUAGAUGAUCAAUGGAAAUCACUGACAAAUACCCUUUCUGGUCUAUUUUGUGCUUCACUCAACUUUAUUGACGAAACCAUUACUACUGAGCCUCGUUUACUGUUUCAAUCAGAAGAAAUGAGACAUGAACAGCUAAGAUAUGGCUCUUUGCCUCAUGAAAAUGUGUGUACAGAAAACUUGACACCUUGGAUCAAACUAUUACCAUGUAAAUCAAAGUCUGGUAUCUCUGUACUCUUAAACCCACAUCGAAUCUAUAAUUCCAAUUUUCAUUCUAUGGCUAUUCAUGCAAAAUCCAUUUGUAUGAAUGAUGCUUGUACUGAACGUCAAUUGGAAUUAAAGCAAACAGUCACUUCUGUAAUGGAUCCAAUCAGAGACUCAAGCCGACGAGAUUGGUCUUUGGCAUCUGUUUUUGAUAGACAACUUAGACAAGCUUGCCCGGUAGCCAAUCAAAGUCGAGUGUCUGUUGAUCUAACAAAUGCCGGUAAUGAAUAUGAAUUAAAACCAGCAGGACAGCAACAAGGAAACGCAGUCACCUACCAUUUAUCAAAAGAACCAUUAGAUAUUCGUAUGGAUUGGAGACAAUCUUCAUUUGAUUAUCCUCUUGAGCCUGUUCAACCUAUAAUUUAUGCAGAACGUUAUUUUACUGGUUAUGGACAAGAACAUGGUGGCCUUAAGGUGACUAUUCAUAACCGAAAUCAAUUAGAAGCCAUGCCAGUCAUUUACUAUGACUCUUUACCUUGGUACUUAAAAUUAUAUCUACAUACACUCAAGAUAGACCAUCCAGAUGUAGAAGUCAAACAGAUAUAUUAUCAACCAGCCAUUGAUAGAGGAAGACCGAAUACGAUUGAAUGUGAAUUAAUGAUACCAGCCAAUACAACAGUGACACUCUCUUUGGAGUUUGAUAAGGUCUUUUUGAAAUAUACGGAGCAUCGCCCUGAUGCGAAUAGAGGAUUUGAUGUCGGGUCUGCCAUUAUCACAGCCUGGUUACCAUCAUCGCAGAGUAUGAAGCGUAUCUAUACAGACACUUUAUUGGUUAGAUUACCUACACCUGAUUUCAGUAUGCCCUACAAUGUAAUUACCUUAACAUGUACUGUGAUUGCAUUGUUCUUUGGAUCGCUUUUCAACUUGCUUAUACGUAAUUUCACUGUACUCAAUGAUGCGUGUAACUAAUGAAUUCGGGUCUGUACGGACAAAAGUGAAUAAAUUAUUAUGAAUCUGAAAAAUGCGGGGUAACCAAUGACAUGUGAACUAUAAAUAUGUGUUGACU